ACAGGUCUUGAAUUCUGCUGCAGCUCAGGGCCUUUUCCCGGGAGUGUUGCGUGGAAGCAGAGCCCCGCAAAGCUGCGGCUAUCCGCUUUGUAUCUGCGGGUAGCCGCGGCUCAUUGCAGAUGCAGAUGCGGAGACAAAAGUUCCUAUCUGGGCAGGGCUCUGUGUAGAAGUUGGAGCAGAAUUCCGUGGGUUCUAGGCCCACCUUUUGGAGUGUUACCUAGGGGUUUCCUGUGCUCCAUUUCUGUGUCAUAGGGAGUAUGGUUGAGCGGUUAGAGCAAGGAAGGUCUCCUGGACUCUAAACCCAACUCUUUCACGGACACUCUAGCCUUAGUUCCACCAGCUCUACAAUGGGCAAACAGAGCUGACCGGCUGUUGCCUGUGACCGUGGAUUGCUUAGCUUGCAAAGCUCUUUGAAAGCCUGGGGUGAAAGACGCUGUAGCAAGGUGGUGUGCACAAACCUGCGAGGAGUGGGGGUGGAAUCAUCACAGAGCACCGUAAGGUGCUUGGAAACAGGGCUUCCGAGUGUGCCAGGGUGCCAAUGGGCCGAUCUGUGACAACGAUUUCCCCUGAGGUAGUUCCAGGUACCGGAAGCAGCUUUCUGGGCUAUCUUCUUGAAAACAGCGCACAGCGCAGAGCAGAGCCCCUGGUCAUUUGGACACAUGAAUGUCCAGCCCACACGGAGAUUGGGAUGGUUACCGUGCACUGUGCAAAUCGAGGGCACCUCUGCUCUCUUCCUUUGAAUCGUUGCUCUAGCGUGGGGCUGGGAAGGGGGGGUCAGUCUCCAGGCUGCCCCGGGGAGAGAGGCCUCCCCCAAACCUCUCUCACGGCAGCAGCUUGGACCUAGGGGAGAAGCGCCUCUCCAUGGCCACUGCAGCUUCUGCAGGCAGAGCCAGAGGAGGGGUGCACGGCCCCCGGCUGAGUCAGAUCCUAGUGUGUUGGCCCCCUGCUCUCGUCAGCCAAAGUGAGGAAUGCAGCAAACUGUGCGCUUUCCCCUCGCUUCCUGAAGAAGGAACAGGCGACACUGUUCCCAUGUAAAUCGGGAAUUUCAGCCCUCCCUAACGGGUGCCUUGGAGUGGGAGGCUUGGGGAUGGGGCAGUCCAGAGGGGAGGGGCCCCCAGCCAGCCCCCUUCGCUUGCCUGGUGAUAGCCUCUUUUCUGUGUGGUUUUCGGAGGAGCAAUCCCAUUCCAGGCACAUCCCAUUGUCCUGGCACAUCUAACCCUGCCCUUGCUUUAAGUUCUGGGAAGAGGAAGCCGUGCACCGAAUUGGGUGGUCCCAGCUCUUACCGUCUAGGAGAAGUUCUCGACCAGACGGACGGACGCACAGACAGACUCAAAUCUAUGGUGGAGUUGUAGCACGAGACUCAGCCCAGGGAGCAGACAGACCAUGACUCCCAAAGCUGCCCUUCUGGCGCUGCUCCUGGCCACCUUCGCAGCUUGCCAGGAUGAACAGGCGAGGAAUGGGUUCUGGGAUUACCUCAGCCAGCUCACUCACGACAAGGCCAGCGUGGUGCAAACCCAGAGCAUGAAGCUGGACCAAGAGAUCAAAAAAGUGAAAGAAAGUAUCCAAGAAGGAGUCAGCUACAUGGGCAAUCUCUUUGAGAAACUGGCCCCCUUCAGCCGAGGGCUUCAGCCACGGUUCUACGAGGACUCUGACGGCCUGCGAAGGCUCAUCAGGAAGGAGCUGGAAGGCCUGAGGGUGAAGUUGUCUCCUUACGUGGACGAGGUGCACCAGAAAAUCAACAAGCACCUGGAAGCGCUUCACUUUCAGCUGACCCCAUUCACCGAAGAGCUCCUGAACCAGGUCUUGCUGAAAUCCAGGGAGCUCCAGCAGCACCUCACCCCUCCUCGAGACAUGAAGGCCCAGCUCCUGGAAGGCGUAGAUGAAGUACAGAGAUUCAUGGCUCAGUAUGCCAAGAAAAUAGCCUUUCACACGGACCAAGUGAAGGAGGUCGUCCAUCCAUACGUUGCCAGACUGGUGACUGAGAUCCACCGCAACAUGGAGGAACUCCACAGAAACCUCAUGCCCCACACCAAAGUCAGCCCGGAGAAACUUAAUCAUUACAUCCAGGAGCUCUCUGAGAAGCUGACCCAGAAUGCCAAGGAGCUCCACCAGAAGAUCCAGAGGAACGUGGACCACCUCAAGGAGCAGCUGCGCCUUUACCCCAGUGGCCUGAGGGAGCAGGUUGCUGGCUCAGCUGUCGACCCUCACUGGGCUGUGGACCCCUACAUGGAGGGCCUGGCUCUGGAAGUGCAGCAGAGAAUCGAGGAGUUCAGACGGGACACGUUCCUUGAGAUAGAUGACUUCACCAGGACCAUUGACCGGGAGACAGAAGAAAUUAAGUUCAAGCUGUCUCCACUGUCGCCAUACUCAGAGGAGUUUGACAGCUCAGCGCCUCUGGAGGACUUGCAUGUCCGCCUUGACUCUCUGUGGAGGGACAUUUCCCAGAGUUUAAAUGAGAGAAUCAGUGAUUUGCAGUGAAAUCCUGGACCGGGGUAUGGAGAGGGACGUGCAGGAGCGUGGGUGUGCAUGCAUGUUUAAACCAUGCCGGUCAAGAGGGCACGUCCCACUCUGCCGCGCUCUGUGGCUAAGGACAGUUGUGGCCAUGGCUUGGACGACUAUAACAAUAAAAUGCCAGCAACACAGCUUCUCCUGCCACAUUACGUACAGCAAUUUGUGUCUAGGUGCCGUGCUUCUCCAGAGUUUUCACGUCUGACAGGUAUUCUGCCAGCCCCCCUCCAUCCCUGCCCACCAGCCCCCCUGCAGCUGAAAAACACGGCGACCUGACAAAGACAAAGCCAGCCUCCGUCAGAAGGAUGCAAUUCUGUGGCUCCUUUUCCACUCGUGCAGUUUUGCUACAAUCAUUUCACAAACCAUCAUUGCUGUGGGCGGGUUACAACCCAAACAGUCAGAGUGCUGAUCUCAGGAGCAGAGAAGAGCGAAUAAGUACCACGUCUGUAAUCACCCAUAUAGUGCACACUGUACGUGAAUAUAGGUGUAGCACAUGAUAGUGCAAGAGCACCUGAUUAAUCCCUGCCCUGUCAGCUCCAACCAAGGGGAACAGAUUGGGGCUGAUGAAAAGGCCUAAUGCCAGCUGCGGGGUUUGGCAAAACCUGCCAACCUGAUGAGCCAAGGGCUAUAAAGGCUGGGAGGGAGCCAGAUGGUGGGGGCAGGCAAUGUGUAAGGAAGGAAAUAAAUAAAUACAUUGGAUAUCUCCUAGCAGAGGCUGACUCUGCCUAUAAGAAGAGGAAACCCCUGUAAAGACUAUAAAUAGUUUGGCACUGGUGAUAGAACACAUGAGGGCUAUGUCUACACUGCAGGCUUCUUGCACAAGAACAAAACUUGCGGCGUGUCUACACUGCACGUGCGUUCUUGCACAAGUACAUUUACAGCAAGGCAUCAGAACAGAGGGCUUCUUGCACAAGAGUUAUUCCUCUCACCAUGAGGAAUAAGCCCUCUUGCGCAAGAAGGAAGUGUGGACGGGCAACAGGGGUUUCUUGUGCAAGAGAGCAUCUACACUGCCAUGGAUACUCUUGCACAAAAGCACAUGGCAGUGUGGAUGUGCAAAACAGUUCUUUCACAAGAAGCCUGCAGUGUAGACAUAGCCUAAGGUGAAUAAAGACAUGGCUGUUGCACAACCCUGAGGUCUCUCUGAGCCUGAUUUGGGAGGGCAACUGGCACCCAGAAAGGGGGCUACUGGUGUACCCUGUUACAAUAUGUAUAUAAAUAUACAUUUAUAUAUACAUGGCCCUGUUUUAUAAGCUUUACUCAUAUUGAUUUCACUGAGACUGCUCAAGUGAGUAAGAGCUUGUCAGUGGGAGUAAAAGGUCCAGAAUCUGGCCCACACUGUGUAUCUUUGGAUUGAUACAGAGUUGAAGUGUUGAAUUAUUUUAAAACUCUUGAAGCUGGACUUUCGGAUUUUAUAACAAUCAUCUCUGUGUUACUAGAGUGAGUAGUACAAGCUGUUAAUGUACUAUUUUGGUUACACUGCAGUGGUAACCCUUUCCUUACACAUUCUCUGUGUAUACAGAAUAUCCCUCUAUGGUCACGGUUUUUUAAUGGAAAUUUGGUGUUGGAAGCCACAGUCGCAACAAUAUUGAUAUGCCAUAUGCUGUACCAGUUUUAUGGUUUCUUUCCCUGCAAUUUAACUGUUAAAGAUGCUUCAAUAAAGUUACAUGUUGUUAGA